AUGGGAAAGAAUUAAUCAUGUUGUUCUGUAAGAAUUAGAUAACCAACAAAUACACUUGAUAAAAAAGAAGUGUUUUUGUUAUGUGAUGUAUUAAAACACUCACAAGAAGGCAAUCAAUCAACAACUUUAGAUUAAUAAUGUUUUGAAAGGAUAUUUCAAGACAAUCCUCUUUUUGGUUAAUAAGUCUUUGAGUAUUGUUAAUAUUAAUUAAAAAUAAAUCCCUUACCUUUAGAAGGGUGCAUUAAUAUAAGUAAUUUAAUAUUCGAUUAAUUUCUAGUUUAAGGCAUACUUAGUACAUAAGAUAUCACUCCUAUUUGUUUGUAAAUAUGUAUGGAAAAUUACGAUUCUUAGUUACAAAUUAUCACAGCUUAAUAAGCAUUUCAAUUUAUUGGGGUAUUUAAAACUAAAUCUAAUUUUAAAGUUAAUAACGUCUAUCUUUUUAACAUUUUGUAUUCGAAAGUAAUAAAUUGAUGCCUCUGUAUUGGAAACUCUAGUUAAUUCAUUGUUUAAAGAAAAAUAAAUGAAAAUUAAUGAAUUCUUAUCAAUUCUUGAAGCCAAUUUCCCACAUGUGUAGAAAUUAAUUCGUUUAUACCUGUAAUAUAGAUUAUUACAAAAACCAUUCAAUUAAAUGAGAGUUGCUAAAAUAGAUAAAGACUCUUUUAGUCUUAAAUAUGAAUGGUUAGCUAUAAUGGGAUUAGCUACUUCUGAAUUACAUAGACAUGGAUAAUUAACAUUAUUAUAUUAAUCAGCAUUACAAUCUAUUAAUUUUUAAGAGAUCUUAAUUUCUAUGUAAUAAACACAAAUUCUAUUUGUUGCUACUUUCUAAGAUGAAUAAACAAAAAAAAAAUUAACCUUAGCUAUUUAUAAUAAAUCAUAAUGGUAAAUAGAUGGAAAAGAUUCUGAUAAUAUUAUUGCAUUUUAAUUAGCACCAUCAUUUAAUAUUUUUAGAUCAAAAUCCAAGAAUAAUUUCAAUCCAAAUGGUUUUGGUUAUAACUAUGAUUAAAAGAAUAAUAGAUUUUUACUUUGGAUUGGUCCAUAAAAUAGUUACUUUUUAAAUUCAUAAAGAGUAUAAGAAAUAAAUUAAAUUAGUUAUUAACAAUAGAAAUUUGGAGAUGUGAAGAGCUCUAAUCAAAAUUAAGAAAGAGUAUAAUUGAAGAUGAUAGAACAUCUACAUUAAGUCCAAAAGAUUAAAAAAAAAGAGUUUCUUUUAAAUUAAUGGAUGAAAACUAACCAACUAGAAAAAGUUCUUCUGUUACUCCAACAGCAAGAAAAACAAAUAUGAUUGAGAAUCCACCAAUUUCACCUCCUCCUUAUGUUUAACCUAUGAUUAAUAUCCAACCAUUGUAAUAUUAAUGCUACUAUUAGCAUUCUUCAAACUACUUAAGAUGGCUAAGAGAGUCCUCGAUCACCACAUUUCAAAACUGAUAAUAUUCCAACCUUUAAUAAUCCUGAAAGUUCAAUCCUUAAAUCAUACCCAAAUCCUACCAAUUCCACUAAUACACAGUAGCUCACCAGACCAUCAUAAAAUAGACCAUCUUAAUCCAUUAUUGAUAAAUAUUAAACUGGAACAAGACAAACUAGAAGCUAUUCAAAUAAUGACAUUAGAAAAAGUGUAGAUGAUAUUUUAAAGAGAUAUGAAAAGAAACCAUGAAAUUUUAUUAUUCC